AUGUCUGCAAGCGUAUCAACGCCUGAUCAACUCACAUUCAUAGGAGGCGGAUGUCUUGCACAGGCCCUCAUAAGUGGCAUUUAUUCGACAAAUAGUAGCUGGAGAGAUGGGUGUAAAAUCUCAGUUACAGCUCGCCGACAGGAGCAGAUUGACGAAUUGAAAGCGAAGUUUCCCCUUGCUAAUGUUACGAAUAAUAAUCUGGACUCGACCAUUUGGAGUACGGUCACCUCACAACAAUCCGACUCUCAUGUUGUUCUUAUAUGUACUCUUCCAAUAGAUGUGCCAAAGGUCUGCCUAGAGUUGGCUAGCAUCAUUAAAACUCUAGAUGUAACAUCACGGCCAACUGUGGUUACAAUGUGUCCUGGAAUUUCAGUAGCCCAGCUCCAGAGCUGGCUUCCCGAAGAAACUCCAAUUGUAAGAUCAAUGCCUAAUACUCCUGUUAUGUGUCGUCAAGGAGCUACGGCUUUAUUUCCAAGCGACACAGCACUCUCACGGAUAGAGCUUGUCGCCGCCGUUUUUCGCGAGGUAUCACCAGCAAUCAGCGUCCUUCCUCAGGAAUCCCUACUCGAUGUAGUUGCAGCAAUAUCCGGUUCCGCCCCGGCACAUUUUUAUUAUCUUAUCGAAUCCAUGAUUGCUGCAGCAGAGUCCCAUGGCUUGCCGACAGAUAUUGCCCGCAGUUUGAUCGUGCAGUCUUGCGUGGGCUCCGGGUUGCUAUCGCAGGAAACAGAUAGGUCUAUACAUACAUUACGGAAAGAUGUUUGCGUUCCAGGGGGAAGCACGGAGAAAGCCAUUAACUAUCUCGCGGAAAACAGCUUUCCAAAAAUUGUACAGGAUGCUGUUGGAAAAAGUCUACGAGCAAAUAGAGAAAUGGGGCGUGUUGGUUAA